AUGGAGAGGCCUGCAAGUGCAGAGGAACCCAAGGGAAAGAAACCAAAGGCUGAAACAAGCUUGCCUGGAGAUGGCACAGAAGCUGCCCAACAGGCACUCCUGGCCCUUCCUGCUCCAGAACUUUCUGAAAGUGGCAGCAAUGCCUUGCCUGAAAAUGGCAAUGGAUCAUCCCCUGCCAGUGGUGCUGCCAACAGCUUGCCUGCAAAUGGCAAGGGAGGUACCAGCCAGGUGGCUGUGAAGCAAGAGCCAUUGGAUGCACCAAAGGCCAAAGCCACAGCCAAGGCCAUGGCACUGCCUGCCAUUCCACCAAAGGAAGCCAGCAACAUGAUGAAGCACAUGAAAGGGUUGGAGAAGAAAGGGGACAACCAGCUCCUGCAGUGCGCCAGCUGCAAAACACAGCAAGACAAGCGAGCCUUUUUUUACACAGUGUGCCAGUUGGACCCCAGAGUUUCCAAGAAGGAUGUCUUGAAGGAGGACAGAGAUGAGGAAAGCCACAAAGUGGAGAUUAAUGAUGAUUGGUUCACUGCAGACCAGAUUGCUGCUGACAAAGGCGUUCUGCCUGACAACCCGAACUAUGUGAAUCUUCUCCAUGCUUGCACAGCUGGCCUGCAGGAAAGGCCCCAUGAAAGUCCAGCCUUGGCAAAGAUGGGGGUUAUGCAAUACAAGGAAGCCAGAGCCUUGAAAUUGGAAGAGAAGGUGGAAGAUGUGGCGACAGAGAAUUUCGAGGAAAAUGAGGAUGAGACUGCCCCAGAAGACUGCGAACUUGACAAGGCCCAGGCAGAGUACCAGCUGUCUUGGAGAAAGUGCAAGACUGCCAUGACUGCCAUCACAGCUGAGAUCAGUGGCUUGGAGAUGGUCCUGAGCCAGCUUCAUGCCUUGCCUGAUGGCACAACUGGAAAAAUGAAGCGAGCCUACCUUGAGCAGAGUGAAACGAGUUCGGCUGCCUUGGGGAAGACGAAGAAAAAUGCAGUGGCAUUUCCUGGAAAAGGAAAAUGGGAUUCUUUGAGCCAAGAGGAAUGUGAAGCCAAGGGAAAUGACCUUGUUGGGUUGACAAAGAUGGUGCUUGAUGCUGUGAAGGAUACCAAGAAGCAGGUGGCACCAAUCAAAAAAUGGUUGCAGGAUGCUGACAAAUGA